AUGAGCUCGAUCGGGGACAGCGAGACGGCCGUGUCCGUGACCGCGGAUGAGGAUGAGGACGAGACCGUGAUCUUGGAGCUGCACAGGGAGGGCGGCAACGAGUGGUUCAUGGACGACUUCCCGUGCUCGGGUCCGGCCUACAUGGAGCUCUCGAACGAGGACAAGAACCUGGUCGAGUGGGCGAUGACGCGUAGGAGCGUCGCCGCGUGGGCGCAGAUGGAGUCGCCUACAGCCGCGCACGAGAUUGCGGAUGUCACUGGGAUCAACGCCCCGGUCAACUACGCGGUGGCGCUCCAGAGGUUCUACCCGUUGCUAGCCAGGAUGGCGUUCCCAGUCGAGGGCCUGGUCAGAAGUGUGUGCAUAGGCACGUACAGGUUCACCUUCAACGUCACGUACAUGGACGACGGCCCGAUCGUGUCCUUCUCCCCACACCCAACCGUGAUCGACAACCCGAGAGGAGACGAAUACAGGAGGAUGUACAUGUUCGUCACGUCGCCCACAGUCAUGUCCUUCCCGUUCAGGCUGCCGAAGAGGAUGGUCGUUGACCUAGAAGGUGACGUGCUCAACCAGAUCCUGCUCCCGUUGAGGGACGACCAGAAGCUCGACUUCAUGUGGCGCAUCGGCAACGCACUGACGGACCCGGUCAAGAACCCGUGCGUGAUCAUCUUCUACGGUGCGAGCGGCGAGGAGGGCAAGAGCGUGCUGGCCACCAACAUCAGCCGCGUACUGGGCAAGGGGGUCGAGUGGACGGUCACGGACCUGAUCGGGAAGGCGAGCAAAUGGCCGGAUGCGACCACCGUUAUGAAGCUGGCCGAGAAGAGGGUCAUCAUCUGCGACGAGUGCGGGAUCGAAGACGACAUGAACUACAACAGCAUCAAGAGGUGGACGUCCAACGCCCCGGUGCAGUCCGCGGGCAUGUCUGCGCACCUAUCCCAGACCAUCAUCGGCAUCAGCAACAAGAUGGGGUUCGCGGUCAAGUCCGCCAUCAACAACAGCAUCGGCAGGCGGGUCGUGAUCUACAAGAUGGACAAGGAGUUGGGCAAGCUCAAGCCGUUCCCCGCGCAGGCGGUCAACGACUACGUCAAGUUGCAGUUCAUCUCUGCAUGCCUCUCGGUCUCGAGCUUGUACGAGAGGGCGCCCAUGUCCCUGGAGAUCGCCCUGUACACAGUCUUCAGGAGGAGCGUCAACUUCGUCACGGCCGGAGUCACCAUCGACAGCACGUCCCCGCCCCACCACUGCAUCGUGUCCACGGCUAUCAUCGCGACGAGGAUCGGGGUUACGAUGGAGCGGCUGGUCCAGUGCUUCGCCGCGAUGUCGAACAGGCUCGUGUGCGUCCCCACGUACGGGGUCCCGUUCAUAUUCGGCUUGAGGUACGAGAGGAAGCUCCUGACCAAGUUCGGGGAGAACUACGUGGAGAGGAACAGGGGCAGGGAGUACUACGACUUCGAGACCCUCAAGACAAUCGUGCGCCCGAUCUAG